AUGGCGGCAGAUAGAGGGGGUGUCACACCCGGCUCCAGCAAAGCCGACAAUCUCUACAGCGCCCUCUCGGCCAUGGCCAAGCAGGACUUCUCGGCCCUGGCCCCCAACCUCCCAGAGACCCAGCGAGUGAACGUGCUGAUGACGGGGAACUGGAUCCACAUACUCUGGUGGCAGUUUGCUCUGAGCCACUACCAGAUGUCUAGCCGCAUGGAUGAUGCAAUGCUCUCCAUGCUGAAGCCUGCCAAGGUUGCCCACGAGGCCAUGCGCCUGCUCGGGUCUGUUUCUCAGCAGGCCAUUCGGACCCACGGAUAUGGCCUAGAGCUGAAAGUAUUCCGUAUUGCCGAUGCUCUCAUCGACAUCCUAGCUUGCAACACGUGGUUGUCUAGCUCCCUACAGCCCGGAUGCAAUAGUAUGCUUCUGGGGGCCAGAGAUGUACUGCACUCUCUUCAGAAAGCACUUUUGCUCAUUGGUGGGCCGGAGUCUUUGUUUCACAAGAAGUUGAUGCUGGUUAUGGCCGAAUCACAAUUACCGGUGCCGAAUGUCAAGGCUUUGACGCCGGGCGAGGAAGACGAAUGCGUUGAGGAUUUAUAG